AUGUGUGCGAAGUUCAUACUGCCUGUGGGGAGCAGCGAAAGUACCUUGCGAAUGCUUGAAGGCAAUGGCAGGGAGUACAAUACUCUCCGUGAUCUGUUCAACGAUCGGUGGAUCAAACCACGGCCGGCAAAGGGUGUUUCUAUCGAGCGCAUCUUCAGCAUCCAGGGCGGACAAGCCCCGUGCGGGAAGAGCAGCUGCACCGUCUGCAACAUCUGCAAGCUAGGCUUCAAGCUGGGAGCCAACGUGGCCGGCACGGCCCGGGCAACCGGUGUCCCGCUUCGGUACGGGGAGGACACCUACUUGACAAGCGUGUCCGGAAAGGCAAACGACUACGCCUCGCGCUCGGCGAAGGUGCGCAUGAUCAUGGGGAAUGAGGCCUUCUUCGCGGCUCACCAGCUCCCGGCAAACCAGUGCCCGCCUCCUGGUUGUCAAUCUGUGGUGGGAGAGGUGGGCCAAGGGCUGAACUUCGACGAGUUCGUGGUGUACAAUGAGGAGGCCGCUCUGCCAACUCACCUCAUCGUGUAUGCUCUUCGGCACUAA